AUGAGGUACAACCUCUCAGCUUCAUCUCCCGUUGAUAUGCCUGUUGUUCAAUAUCCGGUUGGGUCUCUGCUGGCCACCCUGGCUCCAUCAUCCUCAUCAUCGGAUCUCCGGCCUCCAAGAUCAAAUGUGGCCAUUGGGGCUGACGAGCAGCGAAUCGUACCCGGAGAGACCCGGCGUGCCCAACUGUGUCUACUACAUGCGAACCGGGUUCUGUGGAUACGGUGGUCGGUGCCGGUCGUGGCAGCUAUAAGAGCUACAGGGGAUUACCCAGAGAGAGUGGGGAAACCUGUAUGUCAGUAUAUUUACAGACUGGGACCUGUAAAUUUGGGCGAGAAUGAAUGCUUCUACUAUUUGAAAACGGGGCAAUGCAAAUUUGGCAUAACCUGUAAAUUCCAUCAUCCACAGCCUGCUGGAACAACAAUACCGGCUUCUGUACCCCAAUUUUAUCCGUUGGUGCAGUCUCCUGUUCCUUUGGCAGAACAGUAUGGGGGGGCAUCCACCAGUUUGAGGGUGGCUAGGCCUCCACUAUUAACUGGAUCAUAUGUGCAAGGGACUUACUGUCCUGUCUUGAUUCCUCCUCCUGGAGUUGUUCCGAUUCAGGGUUGGAGUCCGUAUUCGGCACCUCUUAGUGCUGUACCAUCUCCUGGAGCUCAACCCACAGUUGGAGCAACUUCUUUAUAUGGAGUAACACAGCUAUCUUCUCCAACACACGGACUUGCAAGCCCUUAUACCUCCAUACCCUCUUCUGUUGGUCCUUCUAGCAGCAACCCGAGUGAACAAGUUUUCCCAGAGAGGCCUGGUGAACUUGAAUGCCAGUAUUAUCUGAAAACUGGGGACUGUAAAUAUGGACCAUCUUGUAGGUAUCAUCAUCCUCGGGAUCGAACUGUACCGAGAAUAACUUGUCUCCUUAGUCCGAUGGGUCUCCCACUCCGUCCGGUAUGCAAAGUUGUUUUAUAUUAUUUUUGAUGAAUUUUUAAUUUUUUUUA